AUUGCAAAUUCCCGGACUGCUCGGAGAGACGAGGAGGAAGGGGGCGGAGGACACAGGGCUACUGCGGGCGCAGCGCGGGGACACCGGGGGCCGGGCCGGUGGGCUGCAGGUCCCACAGAAGCUGCUGGCAGGCGUCUGGCUAGGUGGCCUCACCAGGAAGCGUCAGAGUCUCGACACUGGGGAAGCUCGGAGCGCCGCCCCCGCCGCCGCCGCCGCCGCCGCCGCCACCUCCCGCCUGGCUCUCGGUGGCCGAGCCCCGUCCCCUGCUCUUGCUUCCCGGACCAUCGGGCUCGGGCGUCCUCCCCGGCGAUGGCCGGCCGCUGAGCCAUGGCUGAGUACGGCCACCCCAGCGCACUCGGCAUGGCCGCGAGAGAGGAGCUGUACAGCAAAGUCACCCCCCGGAGGAACCGCCAGCAGCGCCCGGGCACCAUCAAGCAUGGAUCGGCGCUGGACGUGCUGCUCUCCAUGGGCUUCCCUAGAGCCCGCGCACAAAAAGCCUUGGCGUCCACAGGAGGAAGAAGUGUUCAGGCAGCAUGUGACUGGUUGUUCUCCCACGUCGGUGACCCCUUCCUGGAUGACCCCCUGCCCCGGGAGUAUGUCCUCUACCUCCGCCCCACCGGCCCCUUAGCACAGAAGCUCUCCGACUUCUGGCAGCAGUCGAAGCAGAUCUGUGGAAAGAACAAGGCCCACAACAUCUUCCCCCACAUCACUCUCUGCCAGUUCUUUAUGUGCGAGGACAGCAAGGUGGAUGCCCUGGGGGAAGCCCUGCAGACCACGGUCAGUCGCUGGAAGUGCAAGUUCUCAGCCCCCCUGCCCCUGGAGCUCUACACUUCCUCCAACUUCAUUGGCCUCUUUGUGAAGGAAGAUAGUGCAGAGGUCCUCAAGAAGUUUGCUGCUGACUUUGCUGCAGAAGCAGCAUCCAAAACUGAAGUACAUGUGGAACCUCAUAAGAAGCAGCUGCAUGUGACCCUGGCUUACCACUUCCAAGCUAGCCACCUACCCACCCUAGAGAAACUAGCUCAGAACAUCGAUGUCAAACUGGGGUGUGACUGGGUGGCCACCAUAUUCUCUCGGGAUAUCCGUUUUGCCAAUCACGAGACAUUGCAGGUGAUCUACCCCUACACCCCUCAGAAUGAUGACGAGCUGGAGCUGGUCCCUGGGGAUUUCAUCUUCAUGUCUCCAAUGGAGCAGACCAGCACCAGCGAGGGCUGGAUUUAUGGCACCUCCCUGACCACUGGCUGCUCUGGACUCCUUCCUGAGAACUACAUUACCAAGGCUGACGAGUGCAGCACCUGGAUCUUUCAUGGAUCUUACUCAAUCUUAAAUACAGCAUCAUCCAACUCGCUCACAUUUGGUGACGGAGUAUUAGAGAGGCGGCAGUAUGAGGACCAGGGACUGGGGGAAACGACACCUCUUACCAUAAUCUGCCAACCCAUGCAGCCCCUGAGAGUCAACAGCCAGCCCGGCCCCCAGAAACGAUGCCUCUUCGUAUGUCGGCAUGGGGAGAGGAUGGAUGUUGUGUUUGGGAAGUACUGGCUGUCCCAGUGCUUUGAUGCCAAAGGCCGCUACAUACGCACCAACCUGAACAUGCCUCACAGCUUACCUCAGCGCAGUGGUGGCUUCCGAGAUUAUGAGAAAGAUGCUCCAAUCACCGUCUUUGGAUGUAUGCAAGCCAGACUCGUGGGGGAAGCCUUAUUAGAAAGCAACACCAUAAUUGAUCACGUCUAUUGCUCCCCAUCCCUACGCUGUGUUCAAACUGCACACAAUAUCCUGAAAGGUUUACAACAAGACAGUCACUUGAAGAUUCGUGUCGAGCCAGGCUUAUUUGAGUGGACAAAGUGGGUUGCAGGUAGCACAUUACCUGUCUGGAUACCUCCAUCCGAGUUAGCCGCUGCCAAUCUGAGUGUUGAUACAACCUACAGACCUCACAUUCCAGUCAGCAAAUUAGUGGUUUCAGAAUCCUAUGACACUUACAUCAAUAGAAGUUUCCAAGUAACAAAAGAGAUAAUAAGUGAAUGUAAAAGUAAAGGAAAUAACAUUCUGAUUGUGGCCCAUGCAUCUUCCCUUGAAGCUUGUACCUGCCAACUUCAAGGCCUGUCACCACAGAACUCCAAGGACUUCGUACAAAUGGUCCGAAAGAUUCCAUAUCUAGGCUUUUGUUCCUGUGAAGAAUUAGGAGAAACCGGAAUAUGGCAGCUGACAGAUCCACCCAUUCUUCCCCUUACCCAUGGACCAACCGGAGGCUUCAACUGGAGAGAGACCUUGCUGCAAGAAUAAGCCACCCAAGGGGAUGAGAAGAAAAGGUCUUUGGGAGAAGAGUCUGAAGUGUUCAGUAGCAGUGGAAAACUCUGUACCACAUUCUAAGUGGAUAGCUGCAAAUAAUUUAGCAUAUUUCCUUUCAUGCUUAAGGUUCUUAUGAUGAACUGUGUAAAUGAGAGAAAGACAUGAUUCAGGGGAAAGAAUGCUUUCUCUCUGGACUCUUGCCUAGCUAACAAGGCUUAGGAGAAUCCAGGCACCUCCUACUGCACAGGCUGUUGUCCUCCUUCCAGCUAUGCAUGGCUAAAGAGCCUCACUCCUCCCCAAGGGAGCUGCCCCCACUUUCAGCAGGGAUGCUAAAGGAAGGACUGUUGCAGAACCAGUCUGGGGAUGGGAUUUUCUUUCGAACUUCACUUUCAAAUUAGGCAAAGCCAAGCUGAGGAAUAAUUUUAAGGUUAGUAGAAAACACACCCUAUAGAGUGUUGUCCUUAGGUUACACACCAAAUUCUACCUGCAGUAGGUUCCAUACUCCAGUGUGUUUGAGAGCCAGCAGUUGGCCCAAGACAUCUGCUAAAGAUUCUAACAUUUACUCUGGUACCACCACAUUUUCUCCAGAGCAGGUGGCCCUUCUUGCUUCUAUCUGUGAAAUGGAGAGAUCAAGCACUUUUAGAUACUCAGGAGGAAGGGAAGAUAAAUGUGUGACAUAGUCAAUGGAAGGUGCAGAGAACUUACAAACUCUAAAGCAAUUUGGACCUACCUGUGGUAUAGCCCAAUAAGCCACAGCACUUCCAAAUUGCCAAGAUUUGCUUGUCUUUGCCCCUAGACUCUAGACUGUGUUAACUAGUUAAAAUGUUGACAUUCUGAAAGGAUGUAUGUUCAAUGCAUUGUUUGAAUCAGCAAGAGGCUCAUUCUGUGCAAUAUGGACAUUUUUAGAAACCAUACCAAGGGUCAGCUUGUACACAUACAGUAUAUGUCAACCAUGACAGAGCAUCCACAAGUGCAUCAGUUGUACCAGGGAUGUACAAUGAAGUCAGGGAACUAAUUUAAAUGAUGACAGUCACAACAGCACUGCUACUUAUGGUGUCCUCUUUUUGUUUUUUCUAUGAUAAUUUAAAAUAGUUAAGAGGUAGAGCUACUUGAGGAAAAGUGGAGAACCACAUCCCCUGGUUUCUCAUUACACCUACUUCUCAUAUUUAGAGGGAGAUUAUUUUUUUUAAUUUCUUUUAUUCAUAUGUGCAUACAAUG